AAUGUUUCAACUAACCGCUAAAGGUAUUUCAAAGAAUAUAUGCCGUAAACAUCGUAUUGUUCAGGUAUCAACCGCGCAAAACUUGUCCAAGACAACUGAAUUACAAGCUUCAAAGUCAGCCAAAACAUAUAGAUGGAAAUUAUUGGGUGCAACAAUUCCUUGUGCAGGUUUUGCCGCAUAUUGGAAUUUCGGAUUGACAAAUAUUGAAAGAAGAAAAUAUAGAAUUCAAGUCGGUGGGAUACGUAGAUUAUUUAGAUCAAUUUUAAUUGGAACAACCAUAUCUGCUGACUACAAAUUGUCCUUGAGAGGUUUAGAAGAAGGUUCAGAUGUGUAUAAUCAAAUUCUAAGUCAAUGUCACACUCGAGCUGCACAUCGUAUUCUUGAUGGUUGUUUAAAAAAUGGUGGCUUAUAUAUUAAAUUAGGACAAGGUCUGGUUGCUUUGAAUCAUAUUUUACCGAAAGAGUAUUUAGAAGUAUUAGAAGUUCUUCACGAUCGAGCUCUAAAUCGAAGAUUGAAAGAACUCGAAGAAAUUUUCAUAGAAGACUUUGGUCGAAGACCCGAUCAACUUUUCCAAGAGUUUUGUGCAGAUCCUAUUGCUGCGGCGAGUCUCGCUCAGGUUCAUGUUGCAAAAACAUUCAGCGGGGAGAAAGUUGCUGUCAAAGUUCAGUUCAUCGACCUUCGUGACCGCUUUGAUGGCGAUAUUAAAACUCUGGAAACAAUUCUUGAUCUCAUAGAAUGGGUUCAUCCAAAAUUUGGUUUUAGAUGGGUUUUAAAGGAAUUGAAAAGUACUUUAGCAGAAGAAUUAGAUUUUGAACACGAAGGAAAGAAUAGUGAAAAAUGUGCCAAAGAUCUUAAAUCAUUUCCUUAUAUCUCUGUACCAAAAGUUCAUUGGGAUAAAACGAGUAAAAGAGUUUUAACUGCUGACUACAUGGAAGGAUGUAAAAUAAAUAAUAUGGUGGCAAUUAAGGAAAUGGGAUUAUCCUUAAAAGACGUUGAUCAUAAGUUGGUAUCUUGUUUCUCUUAUCAAGUGUUCCAUACCGGUUUUGUUCACGCUGAUCCUCAUCCAGGAAAUAUCCUUGUUAGAAAAGGAAGGAAUGGUAAAGCGGAAUUGAUACUUUUAGAUCAUGGAUUAUAUGAAACUAUUAAACCGGCGGAGAGAAUAAAUUUAUGUAAAAUGUUUAAAUCUAUUAUAUUAAAUGAUGAAAAUGGAAUGAAAAAAUAUUCAAGUUAUUUAGGAGUUGAUGAUUGGAUGGUAAUGGCUGAGAUUCUUGUUCAAAGACCUAUCAAACGUAGUACAAUUUCUUUACCAAGUAAAAUGACUGAGGAAGAUUUAGCCUAUAUGACUAAUGUAGCUCAGCAACAUUUUGAUAAUAUAAUGAAUGUUUUGAAAAAAAUGCCAACUGCAAUGUUACUUCUGAUCAGGAAUUUGAAUACAAUAAGAUCAAUUAAUAGGCUACACGAUCAUCCUGUUGAUCGAUAUACAAUAAUGGCGAGAAGUUCGAUAUCUGGCUGUUAUAAGAAAAGAGAUGAAUUUAGUAUAUCAAGCAGAUUAGGAAGAUUUUGCGAAAGAGCAUAUUUUGAAUACGCACUAAUGUAG